GGAUGGGCAAGGAACAUAACCUGUAGCCUACGACCACAACUGGUGAUUUGUUACGUAAUUUUGCAGAAGGAGAAUGUCCCUAGGCCAAUGUUUUAGCUGUCAUUGAAAAGCAGAGAGAGACAGAAGGAACAUUCGCUGUCAGCUUUAUUCUCAAAGGGGAAACAGCAGGCGGACAUCCAAAUAAGUGUAAUGACAUGAGAGCAUCGCGAUGUCCGUUGAAGAAUGUAGCUAGGUAAUCUGGUUUUAUUAGCGGCAUUCAGACUAGAUUGGCCGGACAAAUAGGCUAUGUCAACCGAACUUUGAUGCGGAGAGGUCUUGGGGAUAGAUAUUUGUGUUCCUCUAUUCGGUGCGAGUCGUGAUCAGGCAAGACAGUGAACCAACAGGACAGUCGAUGUAUUGACAGCAGUGCCGCUAUUGGAGGAAAGACGUGGAUGGAUGCAGAAUUAUUUGCAAAUUUGCUGGGGUAGCAUGUCAUUUGAUGUAUGUCAUUGGUUAUAGUAAAGCCAUUUCUUAGCCAAUAGACCGUGUUGCGUGUAUUUUGACAAAUUCCAGGAAAUCCAACAGCGCGUUGGAGAAUUGCAGUGACGAAUUUCCAUAUUGCAGGUCUGAACCAUGAUGCUUUCCAUCGUGGCUGUUUGAUGAUGCUGCUGCUGCUGCUUGGGUAGAGCGGCUCGUUGAGACGACCCUCCAACCCCCCUCCUAGCUCCCUGUUCACCCUACUCCUCAGCCACCAUGUUGAUCAAGGAGUACCGGAUCCCCAUGCCCAUGAGUGUGGAGGAGUACCGCAUCGCCCAGCUCUACAUGAUCCAGAAGAAGAGCCGAGAGGAGAGUUGUGGUGAGGGCAGUGGGGUGGAGAUCCUAGAGAACAAGCCGUAUGAGGAUGGUCCAGGCGGGUCAGGACAGUACACACACAAGGUGUACCACAUCGGGAAACACAUCCCCUCAUGGUUCUGCUCCAUCUUGCCUCAGGCUGCUCUACGCGUGGAAGAGGAGUCCUGGAACGCCUACCCAUACACACGCACACGGUAUACCUGUCCAUUCGUAGAGAAGUUCUCCAUAGACAUUGAGACGUAUUAUAAACCUGACACAGGAACACAAGAGUGCUUCAAUCUGUCAUCAGCAGAAAAAAGAACAAGGACUGUAGACCCCAUUGACAUUGUGAAGGACUACAUUGCACCCCAUGAGUACCUGGUCGAGGAGGACCCUAAGCUGUACGUAUCAGAGAAAACCCAGCGAGGACCACUGACUGACGACUGGAUCGAACUCAUCAACCAGAAUCCUACCCAGAACACGGUCAUGUGUGCCUACAAGCUCUGCAAGGUGGAGUUCAGAUACUGGGGCAUGCAGUCCAAGAUAGAACGCUUCAUACAUGAUGUUGGCCUGCGUAAGGUGAUGGUGCGGGCCCACCGGCAGGCAUGGUGCUGGCAAGAUGAGUGGUAUGGUCUGACCAUAGAGGACAUCAGACAGCUGGAGCUGGAGACCCAGCUAGCCCUGGCCAGGAAGAUGGCCCAGUACAGCCUCAAUGACACAGAGGAGGGGGCGGCAGAGACCAACGGGACUCCUCCCAACCCUGACCAGGACCAGGAGGGGGUGAAGGCCCUGGGGGAGGCGGGAGAGGUGGACGGAGGACGGACAGGGCUGGGAGAUACAUUACAGACGCGUGGAGAGCUCACCAAGCAGUGGUCGACUUCGUCCAAGUCGUCUAAUAGAUCCUCUAAGAGAGGAGGAAGCCCCGUCCACCAGAACAUCUCAGAGUGGCGGAUGCAGAGUAUCGCUCGUGACUCAGAGGACAGCACGGACGACGAGUUCUUUGACGCUCACGAGGACUUCUCUGGAAAUGAGGAGAUGUUGUUACAUGCCAAGGAGAUGACCAAGUGGAGUUCCAACGACCUAAUGGACAAGAUGGAGACUACAGAGACGGACGAGGGCCAGGAGAGCCUGUAUCAGGAGUCGGGUGAAGGGUAUGCAGUCACCAGUAGUGAGGAGAGACUCCUUGAGGAUGGGUUGUCUCAGCAGUGUCUGGCGCCCUCGAAGAUCCACGUUCUCGUCCUGGUGCUUCACGGGGGUAACAUCCUAGACACUGGAGCAGGUGAGCCAAGUAGUAAGCAGGCGGACGUCAACACUCUGACUGGAGCGUUUGAGAGAGUGAUGAGGAUCCAUUAUCCAGCAGCCCUAGGACGCAUCGCCAUCCGCAUGGUCCCCUGCCCCGCGGUGUGUGCCGACGCCUUUUCCCUGGUGUCCAAUCUCAGUCCAUAUAGUUAUGAUGAGGGCUGCCUCUCCAACAGUCAGGACCACAUCCCUCUGGCUGCACUGCCCCUAUUGGCCACCUCCGCUCCCCAGUACCAGGAUGCCGUGGCUACCGUCAUCCAACGAGCCAAUCAGGUGUAUGGGGACUUCUUAAGGUCCUUGGAAGGGACAUCCUUCUCCGGACAGGUGUGUGUGAUCGGGGACUGUGUAGGUGGUAUCCUAGGGUUUGAUGCUCUGUGCAGCAGUAACGUCCCUGUCUUAGAGAGCCAGAACAGCAGCAGACGAGGCAGCACUGUCAGUGUACAGGACACAGACCUCCUCUCCCCAGGCAUCAUAAUAAACAGUGUCUCUCCGUCCUCUCUGUCUUCUCUUCCGACUCUGGAGGGCAGUCGCCAUCUUAGUCGCAGUAACAUCGACAUUCCUCGCAGCUUAGGGCCUGACGACCCCAAGACAAUGCUGCCACGCAAACGCAGUGACUCCUCCACCUACGAACUAGACACCAUCAAACAGCACCAGGCCUUCCUGUCCAGUCUCCACAGCAGUGUGUUGAGAACAGACCCGGGGUCGAGGCGCUCCAGCAGUACCAUGCUAGAGGGAGGGGGGGCGCUAGGUAGGCUGGACUUCGAGGUGGCAGACUUCUUCCUCUUUGGUUCUCCUCUGGGGCUGGUGCUGGCGCUGAGGAAGACUGUGGUGCCGUCUAUAGAUGUCUCAGCGUUGCGUCCGGCUUGUCAGCAGGUGUAUAACCUGUUUCAUCCAGCGGACCCCUCUGCCUCCCGCCUGGAGCCCCUCCUAGAGAAGAGGUUUCACCAGCUGCCCCCCUUCUGUGUCCCCCGCUACCAACGCUUCCCUCUGGGGGACGGACACUCGGCUCUGCUAGUGGAGACGAUGCAGAGUAACCCCCAGCUCCUGUUGGAGUCAGUACCCCUGUCAGUACCCCUGCGUUACCAGGAGGGGGGCGUCAAUGAGACCUGCAUCCCCGUCCCUGUACUCAACUGGCCCCAACAGGCCUCACAGCUCAACGACACCGACGUGCUCCACUCCCACUGUGGUGUGUUUGUGGACAGCCAGUACCCGUCCUCCCCGUUGACCGGACCCCUCCACCCCAGGGGCCUCCGUAGGUCCAGCGAGGCCAGCAUCGCCAGCCAGGUGUCAGGCAUGGCCGACUCAUACACCGCCUCCAACAUCGCCAACACUACUAAAUGCCAAAGCAGCCCAUCGAAGAAGCUGGGUCUCCUUUCCCAGCUAGUUCUUCCUAAACUCCCCUCGAGAAGCCCCUCUCUGCGGGCCAGGAAGAAGAUCCGACCCUUCCUCUCUCUCGGACUCACCGACUCAGAGCAGGGUGACGAUGACGUCACCUCUGAAGUCACUGCCUCUGAUGUCUCCUCAGACUUGCUGUCUGACUUCACUGAUGUCACCUCUGAUGUCACCUCUGAUGUCACCUCUGACAUCACCGAUACGAACUCUGACCUCCCGUCGCCAGACACGCUGAUGGACGUAGAGCAAGUUGCGUCUCGGUGGUGGGGCAGUAAGCGGAUGGACUUUGCCCUGUACUGUCCUGAUGCCCUCACAGCCUUCCCCACUGUAGCCCUGCCUCACCUCUUCCAUGCUUCAUACUGGGAGUCCACUGACGUCGUCUCCUUCCUACUCAGACAGGUGAUGAGGCAUGAGAACUCCAGUAUUCUGGAGCUGGAUGGGAAAGAGGUGACAGAGUUCAAGCCCUCUAAACCCAGAGAGAAGUGGAUCCGCAAGAGGACCCACGUCAAGAUCAGGAACGUGACGGCCAACCACCGUGUGAAUGAUGCUGUGUUCACUGAGGACGGAACACAGCUGGUGAUGGGACGCUUCAUGUAUGGCCCUCUGGACAUGGUCACUCUUACUGGGGAGAAGAUUGACAUCCACAUCAUGACCCAGCCCCCCUCAGGAGAGUGGGUGUACUUUGACACCGAGCUGACCAAUAGCAGCGGACGCAUCUCUUAUGUCAUCCCAGAGAGCAAGAGGCUGGGCAUUGGAGUUUAUCCUGUCAAACUGGUCGUCAGGGGUGACCAUACGUUUGCAGACAGCUACCUGACGGUGUUGCCGCGGGGAACAGAGUUUGUAGUGUUCAGUAUCGACGGGUCGUUUGCUGCCAGUGUGUCCAUCAUGGGCAGCGACCCUAAGGUCAGAGCUGGAGCUGUGGACGUGGUCAGACACUGGCAGGACCUGGGCUAUCUGAUAGUGUAUGUGACGGGUCGUCCAGACAUGCAGAAGCAGCGUGUGGUGGCCUGGCUGUCUCAACAUAACUUCCCUCAUGGAAUCGUGUCCUUCUGUGACGGCCUGGUCCACGACCCACUCAGACACAAGGCCAACUUCCUCAAGGCCCUCAUCUGUGAGGCCCAUAUGAAGAUCUUUGCUGCAUACGGCUCUACUAAGGAUAUCACAGUGUACUCCUCCUUAGGUCUGCCGCCUUCACACAUCUACAUAGUGGGACGGCCCACCAAGAAGAUGUCCAGCCAGUGUCAGUUCAUCCCAGACGGCUAUGCGUCUCAUCUCUCCCAGAUGGAGUACAGUCAGAGGUCUCGUCCCGCCAAGACCGCCAGCGCCCGUAUUGUCCUCCGUAAGGGAAGCUUCGGACUGGGCGCCGCCGGGGGGGACUACCUCCGCAAGCGUAACCACAUCCUGCGCUCCAUCAACUCAACUGGGGGGGCGGGCUCUAGCUCCCCUGGCCAACCAGGACGCACGGAACGCACGCUGAGCCAAUGUGAGGUGGAGAGGGAGAGAGCAGGAGCGGGGACCCAGAGGAGUAUGAGUAUAGCAGCUGGGUGUUGGGGCCGCACCGGGAGCACCAAGGAGGGGUCAGGAGGAUUACUCAGUCCAAAAUAGGACUCACCAGACUGGGCUACAGGGGGAGGGGACCCUGCCUGACUGUACCUGGAGCACCAUGAUCUCUGGACUGGCCCAGAGAGAGAGAUGGAGGAUGGAUGGAGAUAGGAAGAAGUAUGGUUAAGAGAGAGAGAAAGGAAAGGAUGGGAUGAAAGAGGGAUAAGGUUUACUGAGGGGUGGAAAGUGACAGGGAGGAGGUGAAAGGGGAGGGAGAGGGAGGACAAAGAGGGUGAGAGAGGGGAAGAAGCAGGGUCUCUUGGGAAAUAGAUAUGAAAGGAAUAGAGAGAGAACAGAUGAGUUGAGUGAAAUGGAAGUAAAGCCAGAAAGAUGGGAGGUGCUCUAACUUUGCUGUAAAGGGUCUAAAUACAUUUAUACUGUAGCAUUAGAGUCUCACAGUCAAGACUUUUAUAUGACCUACCUUGGCCACUAAAAGAAAAUAACUGGAAGGUAAAAUAAAUGAAAAAUAUAAACAAAAACAAACGAUCAAAAGCCUUAAUCGUCGCCCCCUGGGGUCCUGGAGUGCCCACCCUUGUCUGAGUAAUGGUUGUAUGUACUCGCUCUACCUAGAUGGCAAUGGGAAUUCACACACAUACAAACACCCCAGCUCAGGACAGGCCCGGACAGUGGAGCCACCAAAAGAAGACUCAUGUGUAGGUCAGGGGGUCAGUCUGUAGCCAUGGCAACAAGUCAACAACUUCACCUGUUUUUAUCCCUCUAUCUCCGCUGAGACACACCUCCUUCCUUCCCUCUCUCCUUCCUUCCCUCUAACCCCGCUGUGUCUGGCAAUAAGAAACGAGUCCUCUCACACUCCCAACAGAGAAGCACCACUACCCUGAAGAAAGAGAGAUGGAAGAGGAGAAGAAAGAGGGAGAGGGGUGGAUUGAAAGAGGGUGGAUACAGAGAGAGAUGCAAGACAAAAGGGAGGGAGGGGAAAGGUUAUGGAUGAGAUGUACAAUUUUCCUCUAUAGUCUGUUCCUGGGCCAUUUUCUUCUGUUAUCAGUGUGGUACUACACAGUGAUUUCUACUGUUGACGUUGGCUCAGCUCCAGUCCUUUUCACUCCGUAACAGAGUAGCUACUGCACCACGUCUCUCAGUAUGGCCUGUGGGCCGUCCCAGGCCUUAAACCCCAAUGACACGUUUAUAAGUCAGACUCUGAAGGAACCCAGGACUGAGCUAGACAAGGCUUGGCAUAACAGGAGACAUUAGUGACACUUUUAAACUCUGUACAGACAGAACACAGCAACAAUCCCUUUACCAGACCAUCUGCUUGCAAUACCUCUGAGCCACCAGUGGGGGAGCGGUGUCUUUCUCUGUUUUCCAAAAGCAUGAUGCUGUUGGUAUUCAUUCAGUUCAUCCUGCAGCACCUCUUAGCUAUCAACCUUUAUCAUUACACACCAUUCAGUCACACUCCAGUGGACUUCCCUAUGAGACUCUGAGCUCUUUCCUUCUUGAGGGAUGUGAUGAAUGCUAUUCAUUGGACAUUACUACAUUUCAGUCUGGAUACUGAAAGUGAUCUAGGCUUUUCACAGUGAUUUAAGCUUUUCAGCGAACCCUCACUAUUCAAAGGACGGAAACUGGACUUUUCAUGAUUUCUAACAAACAGACGAGAACAGGAGAUGAGGUCACAGGAAGAAGGGGUGUAAUAUUCUGAGAGCAGACAGGAUGGCCCUCUGUUCUCUGUGAGAGUGUGUACCAGACCAGACCUCCUCAAUAGAGGCAGGAAGACAUGCUUUGAUUACACUUUAUUUGACAGUUCCCCUAUCCUGUUUUUUUUUUAUACCUGUUUUUUACCUAAUAAUACCCACCAUCUGAUACCAAGUUGUUUCUAAUUGUUAUUCAUUAUCUGAAGUACCAGAGAAUAUACAAUGUUAUUCCUUAGCAAAUACCAGCUGGUAUCGGACUAUAAAAGAAAGUGUUACUGAUGCUUUCACUAAAGCUAUGGCAACCUGUACACAGCAUUUUAGAUGAACACCUAUCCUGUUAUCUAAUACCUGACUCCUACUGUAUGGUUAGGUAUUAUCAUUGACUUCUAUUAUAUCCCCAUUUACUAAUCACACAAUGCCAACACAUGGCCAAAACAACAAUCUCUCUCUCUAACGGCUGUAGUGUCUCAACCUGUUCAACCUCAUUGUUGUUUUUUGCACUAGUUUAUGGUGAAGAAUCGUGGUACCAUCUCAUGUUGCUACAUAUUGUUACCUUUGUAGUGCAUGAUAUAAUAACUAUUCAUUAUUGCAGGGUAUGUGUGCUGCAGUAGUACGCACACUCAUGUACAUUUAUUCAAUGUCAGGAUUACUGAAUAAUGUAAGUUAAUGUGCCAAAAACGAGACAGUUGUUGGGUGUGGAAAGCUAAUGUACCAGGCUGUAUCCAACCGUUCCUUUGUGUUGUGUUGUAAGAAGAGUUGGGGCUUGCAUUGAGAGCAUGACAGCGUGGCUUUAACUGAAAAGGCACAUGUUCAAUACUGUAUUUUAACAAUGUAAUUCAGACUAGAUCUAUGAAUUGUAGAUCUUUUUUAAUUCAAUAUAUUGUCCACAUAUAAGGGGCAUAAUGGCUAGCUAUAUAGGAUGUGGUUAUGGUUGUACUUAUGACUUGAGCGCUUGUAAGCUCUAGCAUGUUGUUUUGAUUCUAGGGACAUGCUACUAUUGUCAACUAGUCAACCUAAAUGGAAAGUUGUAUUUAUUGCAACCUGUUAUGACACCACUGAAGUGCAGUAGCAUAGGAGAUUGUCACGUACAUUAAGAAACGGGUCGGACCAAGGUGCAGCGUGAAAGGCGUACAUGUUUAUUAACUAAUAAACCCACGACACAGUAACUAAAAUAACAAACUUAACCGUGACGGUCCAAAGGGCUAACACACAAGCCUAAACAGGAACACAACAAGAUCCCACAACAC